AUGGAAAAAAAAAAAAAAAUGUACAUUUGUUCAUUCGUGUCAAUUUUAAAUGUGACAAAAAAAAAUUUGUUUUUAUUGAUUUUUAUUAUUAUUAUCAUUUUUUUUUUUGAAUUAUUAAAUGAAAAUAUUUCUUUUCAAUGCGUGGGUAGAAAAAGAAAGAUGGAAGGGGAGGAAGGUUUCGAAGUUGAAAAUGGGGCGUCACCGGGUCGAAGUCCUUUGGAAGGGGGUUCAUCUCCUUCCGCUGGACUCGUUUUACAAAAUUUACCCACGAGAAGGGAAUCGUUUUUAUAUAGGAGCGAUUCCGAUUUUGAAAUGUCACCAAAAUCAAUGUCGAGGAAUUCUUCAAUAGCUAGUGAAAGAAUUAAAAUAUUUGCGAAAGUUCCAGAACGAAUAAAACACCGCGGGGAGCCGGGGGGAGGGGGUCGUUGUUGUUUUAAAGCAGAAAAUUACGACAAUCAUGGAGAAGAUUUAAUAGUAACUCCGUUUGCUCAAAUUUUGGCGAGCCUUCGAAGUGUUAGAAAUAAUUUUCUAUGCCUGACAAACGUGCCAUCAAACAAACAAUCGAGAAGGUCUUCGGGAGCCCAAACAAGUGGUACUUCACCACAACCGAGAAUGACAAACCCUCAGGACGAGUCAUAUAUAAAACUGGCAAUAGAAACAAUGGAAGAAUUAGACUGGUGUUUGGAUCAACUGGAAACAAUACAGACGCACAGAUCUGUGUCGGAUAUGGCUACGUUGAAGGUAGUUUUAACGCUUUGUCAAAUGUCAAAAGUCCGAGAAUCUAAUUUAAUUAUAAAUAUUUGUUGUUUGCAUAAUAAAUUUUCAUUAAAUAAUUAUUAUUAUUAUCUAACACGUCAUUUUUCCGAAUCAAACAAACAACAGGAAUUAGAUCUCCCUUCCCUUCGCGUCGAUGAAGUGGAAUCAAGAAGCAAUAAGAAACAAGAUAAGGGUAGACAUGGAUCGAAUACUAUGUCUCAAAUAUCCGGCGUGAAAAAACCAUUGUGUCACACGAAUAGUUUUACCGGAGAAAAAGUACCCACGUACGGUGUUGAAACACGUCACGAAGAAGAAUUGGGAAAAACGCUUGGUGAAAUCGACAAAUGGGGAAUUGAUAUUUUCCGAGUUGGUGAAUUAUCUAAUAAUAGACCAUUGACCGCUGUAGCGUUUCAAGUUUUUCAAAAUCGAGAUUUGCUUAAAACCUUCCUCAUACCCCCAAAGACUUUUAUUACUUUUAUGAUGACUUUAGAGGAUCAUUACGUAAAAGAUAAUCCUUUUCAUAAUUCACUUCACGCCGCUGACGUCACUCAAAGUACCAAUGUAUUAUUAAAUACGCCUGCUUUAGAGGUGAGCUCAAAACUCGUGUUAAAAAAUACAUUAAUUGUUAUCUCUGUAUUUACUCCUCUGGAAAUAUUUGCGGCAUUGUUUGCUGCUUGCAUACACGAUGUCGAUCAUCCAGGACUGACCAAUCAAUUUUUAAUCAAUUCAAGUUCUGAAUUAGCUUUAAUGUAUAAUGAUGAAAGUGUUUUAGAAAAUCAUCAUUUAGCGGUAGCUUUUAAGCUUUUGCAAAAUGAAGGAUGCGACAUUUUUAUGAAUUUUGGUAAAAAACAAAGGCAGACAUUGAGAAAAAUGGUCAUAGACAUGGUAUUGUCUACGGACAUGUCGAAACACAUGUCACUACUGGCCGAUCUUAAGACCAUGGUUGAAACGAAAAAAGUUGCUGGUUCAGGUGUCUUAUUAUUAGAUAAUUAUACGGAUAGGAUACAGGUUUUAGAAAAUUUAGUUCACUGUGCAGAUCUGAGUAAUCCGACGAAACCUUUAGAUUUGUAUAAAAGGUGGGUCGAUUUGCUUAUGGAAGAAUUUUUUCAACAGGGUGAUAGAGAAAGAGAACAAAAUUUGGACAUAAGUCCAAUGUGUGACAGACAUAGUGCAACAAUUGAAAAAUCCCAGGUUGGUUUCAUAGACUACAUUGUUCAUCCGUUGUGGGAAACGUGGGCGGAUUUAGUACAUCCAGACGCUCAAGAUAUAUUGGAUACAUUAGAAGAAAACAGGGAUUGGUAUCAGAGCAUGAUUCCACCUUCGCCGCCGACGACCGAUGUCGAACGCGAAGAUUUAACGACGGCAGGAUGUGAAAGAAACGAUGAAGAUUCUGAUAAAGAAACGGAUGACAAAAUGACCGGAAACGCGGAUCAAAUAAGAUUUGAAAUAACACUACAGGAAAAGGAAGGAGAAGAAGAAGAGGAAGGAGAGGAAGAAGAGGAAAACUACGGGACACCACCUAAAAUGUGACGCUCAUUCUUCUCAAUAUGUAA